UGCCUCCGCGCGGGGGCCGCUGGGAGCGCGAGGAUGGUGGCCGGCGCCUUCCCGCUGGCCAAGCUGAUGUACUUGGGCGUCCGGCAGCUCUCCAAGCCCUUGGCGGCGCGCAUCAAGGCCGGGGCGCGCGCCAGCCCCUUCUUCCGCCAGUACGUCUGCGGGCCGCCCGCGCAGAUUUAUCACUGGAUCGAGAUGCGCGCCAAGAUGCGGAUCAUGGGCUUCCGGGGCGCCUCCAUCAAGCCCUUGAAUGAGGAGGUGGCGGCUGAGCUGGGUGCGGAACUGCUGGGUGAAGCCAUCGUCUUUGGGGUGGGGGGGCUGUGCAUCUUCUUGGAGUAUUCCCGCCAGAGCAGCAACUCCAAGAAGAAAGAAGAUGAGCUGAGCAGUACCCUCCUCAGUCUACAAGAGCAAAUAGCCGAGCUCGCCUUGACUGUGGAAACGCUGGAUGCGCAACUGCGCGAGGUCAACCGGGCCCUUGUGGCUGUCUCAAACUCUCCAAAGAAAUGACUG